GGCAACUGGGACGUGUCAUUUGUUUCCGUGGGAGAGAACAAAGAGGACUUCCCUCUCCAGAAAGCCCUCAAGAAACCCUUUGUCCCCUACACUUCACUCUCUUUCUCUCUCUUUCUCACUUCAAACGCUAUUCAGAACCUCCAAUCUAGCUCUACAUUUCGAGAACAGGAGUAGUGUGGAGCGAUGUCGCUGAAGGUGUUGAACCCGAACGCUGAGGUGCUGAACAAGUCGCAUGCGCUUCACAUGAACAUCAAUGCGGCGAAGGGCCUCCAGGAUGUGCUUAAAACUAAUCUAGGCCCCAAGGGCACUAUUAAGAUGCUUGUCGGUGGAGCUGGUGAUAUCAAACUCACCAAGGAUGGCAACACGCUUUUGAAAGAGAUGCAAAUUCAAAGCCCUACAGCCAUAAUGAUAGCUCGGACUGCUGUUGCUCAAGACGAUACAAGUGGAGAUGGUACUACUUCUACUGUCAUCUUUAUUGGUGAGCUCAUGAAGCAAUCUGAGCGGUACAUAGACGAAGGUUGGCCAACUUUACUUUCUUUAGACAAUCUAUUUGUUGUGAGUUUUGGUAGCUUUGCUCAAUUUCUUGAGAAGUUCAAGACUCCUGUGGUGAUGGGUGAUGAACCCGAUAAAGAGAUACUGAAGAUGGUGGCAAGAACAACAUUAAGGACAAAGCUAUAUGAGGCAUUGGCAGAUCAACUAACUGACAUUGUAGUAAAUUCUGUGCUCUGCAUUCGCAAGCCCGAGGAGCCUAUAGAUCUUUUCAUGGUCGAGAUAAUGCACAUGCGCCACAAGUUUGAUGUGGACACAAGAUUGGUUGAGGGUCUUGUUCUUGACCAUGGUUCAAGGCAUCCAGAUAUGAAACGUCGAGCAGAGAAUUGUUAUAUUUUGACUUGUAAUGUAUCGCUGGAGUAUGAGAAGAGUGAAAUAAAUGCAGGAUUUUUUUACUCAAAUGCAGAACAGAGAGAAGCAAUGGUUGCAGCAGAGAGACGGUCUGUUGAUGAGAAAGUCCAGAAGAUUAUUGAUUUAAAGAACAAGGUGUGUACUGGCAAUGAGAGCAAUUUUGUUGUUAUUAAUCAGAAAGGAAUUGAUCCUCCAUCAUUGGAUCUUCUUGCUCGAGCUGGAAUUGUUGCCCUGCGGAGGGCGAAGAGGAGAAACAUGGAGAGAUUGGUUUUGGCUUGUGGUGGAGAGGCUGUCAAUUCAGUUGACGACCUUACGCCAGAGUGCCUUGGUUGGGCCGGACUGGUCUACGAGCAUGUACUUGGAGAAGAGAAGUAUACAUUUGUGGAAAAUGUAAAAAAUCCUCACUCCUGUACAAUCCUCAUUAAAGGACCAAAUGAUCACACCAUUGCUCAGAUUAAGGAUGCAGUUCGUGAUGGUUUGAGGGCUGUGAAGAAUACCAUUGAAGAUGAAGCUGUUGUACUUGGUGCAGGGUCUUUUGAGGUGGCAGCCAGACAAUACCUGGUUAAUGAAGUGAAGAAAUCUGUUCAAGGGCGUGCUCAACUUGGUGUGGAGGCUUUUGCUGAUGCUCUUCUUGUGGUUCCAAAGAUACUUGCUGAAAACUCUGGGCUUGACACUCAGGACGUGAUUAUUGAACUUGCGGGAGAGCAUGACAAGGGGAAUGUAGUUGGGCUUAAUCUACAUACUGGAGAACCUAUUGACCCUCAAAUGGAGGGUAUCUUUGACAAUUACUCUGUCAAGCGUCAGAUCAUAAACUCGGGCCCUGUAAUUGCAUCUCAGUUGCUACUUGUAGAUGAGGUUAUUCGUGCUGGUCGUAACAUGCGGAAACCAAACUAGUCUGCUGGCUCAAUUGUCAAUUGUGCUCUAAUUUUCUUUAAAGACAGGUAAAUUUGGUGAGGAGGGAGGGUCAUGAUCCCUAAUGAUUUUCCUAAGCUCUAUGCAAUCAUUAUGCCCUGCAAAUUUUGAUUUAGCUCUUGAAUGUUUGCUGGUUGUAUAUUGCGCUUGCAAUUAUUUUAUCAGUAUGAUGCAAUUCCAGAACCUCGGUGAGUUGGUUGAAGCUAGUAUACAUGAGUAUGGUGAUGAGAGAUGAAUUUUUUGUCAGUGAAAUUCACCGUCUUUUCAAUUGUUUACCAUACGAUCUAUGUUGUACAAUUAGACUUAGUUCCAAGGCACAUUUGUUCAGAAAAUGAUUUGCUAGUGUUUCCUCUUUAUCCAUUAUCUCUUAUAUCUUUGUUGGAA